AUGAUGGACUCUGACUCCGAUAUUGUGCCCGUGGCAAUCACUGAAGACGUUCAAAAGGCCCGUCAAGAUUACCAGUCCCUCUUGUCUGAAGCUUCCCGAGUACUAUCAGCCUACGCUAAGAAGUUUAAAUCGAGUAUUGAAAAAUCGCGGCCUUUCUAUGAGAAUCAAGCAAAGAAGAAGAAAUUGCUUGUGGAUUUGCAACUGAAUUCUGAAGCCUUCAGUACUCUCCGGACAGAGCACGAUGAGGCGGUGUCUAUUUUGAAGUCCUACAAUAUUGAUGUUGCUAAGUUUGUGGAAGGGGAGGAAUCAAAGCUAGAAGCGGUUAACGCCGCUGUACAAAAGGUUAACAAAACCAAAAUGGAAUUGAAUGAGCUCAAAAAGAAACACAAGGAAGUUCUUGCUCAGUGCUCCAUUAUCGAGGAAGAUCUUCGCCUUCAUCGCAGUCGUAUGGGCACGGCUAUUCGUAGGUCACAGCCCUACUUCGACAUGCAGGAUGCUUACAAUCGAAAGAUGGAGGACGCAAAACAGGUGAUCGAUCGGCUAACUGUGGAGGUGAAGUCGGCAAAGUUGCUCUAUGCUAAGACCAUGAGUAGUUUGGAGGCGAUUUCGAACCGAAUUCAUGAAUCUCGUCGUCUUGGUCAUUGGCUCAAUUCACCUCUCACCUCCCCACGAACCCGUGGUGUCGGUGCUGAAGUUUCCAACUCGUCCAGUGAGGGAGCAAGAGCAGUCGCGACACCGACACUGUCGGAUGUGGGAAGAAGGGAGGGAAUCAGCGCUUCUGUCUCCCUUCCUAGCUCGCCACGCCACACGCCCCCCGGUCAAGCCGACACUGAUACAGAAGCAGAUUCUGAGGUAACGAGGAGACCAGCAUUCUUGGAAUCUUACGUUGCUACCCUUCGCAAAUCGGCAGCGAGUCCUUUGCCUCUUGACGUGGUUUCGGCUCUUCAUUCUUGCUCUGUGGAACCCGAAUUUCGAAUCACACAAUCGAAAGAUCUCAGCAUUCGCGGAGUCAAAGCCUCUGAACGGCGGUCUCGUUGA